GAAGUAUUGUCUGGUGGAGCGUAUGCACUAUGUGAUGCAGCUGGUGAUUGGUUUCGUGUGAUAGCUGUGGAGCUCCCACGCUCUGGUACAAUCAAGUGCUUCUUCUGUGAUGUGGGCGUAUACGGCGUGUAUCCAGUAGUGGAUCUCCGUCUUCUUCCAGAUCCUGGUCACCCUAUAAUGUGUCGUGGUGCUCUUGCCAAGCGAGUAAAUCUUGCUCUACCUGAUUACGCAAUAGGCCAAGCAUCGGAUGAUAUCCUGCGCUCUGUUCUCUUUGAGAAGGAUGCUAUGGGAAACUUUAUUCCGGUUCGGGUGCAGUUAACUUCCUUAACGGAAACGGAGUUGGACGGCGAGAUUGUUUCAAUUGCUGACCUUUGGAUGACUGAUGGAAGGGCGGUUGUCGAAAUAGUGAUGACGAAUAUUCCAGAUGGAAAGGAAGGCAACAACGGUGUAAAUAACGAUGCCACAUCUUCCACAAGAAAUGCUCCUGCUGCUGUCAGCCUACCACCCACGGUUUGCGUGUUCGACGGUGAUGUGGAGAUAGUACCUAUGGAAAUAAGCCAGAUACCAACGGGCGCCUUCUCAGCAAAUGCGCUCUUUGCUGCAGGUCCAGCGGACAUAAGUCUGCGUCAAGUUUCACUCGAUCCUAUGCCUGAUUAUAUGUACGGCAAAUUGUCUGAAGAGUCUCAGAUGGCCGACGCUGAAUUACAAGAUCCACCACGCCCAGGCGCAUUUUAUGCUGCACGUAUCGAUGACCGAUGGGAACGAGUACAAUGCGUCCGGGCCAGCAAAAUAGACAAAUCGGCUUUCUGUGUAUAUCUGAUUGAUGUUGGGGCCUUUCAUUACGUGAGAGCGGAUGCGUUAAGAAGGCUCAACGC